UAUUAUCGCAGUGUCAUCCGUACGCUUUGGCCGUGCGCACAUAUUUUCGUCUCCGCUACCGUCUCGUCGGAACACUUGAGAAAUAAUAAUAAUAAAAAAAAAAACCUUAAACGCCGCCGCCGCCGCCGCCGCCGCCUUCGAGAGUAAAUAAAUUGAUCACACGCCGCGCCACGCCGGCCGAACUUCGACUUGCACUCCACUCGCACCGUCUCUCGUUCUGCGAUCAGUCCCGCGACUCGCCGGUCACACGACGGCGUGCGUUAUUUGAUAGCCGACUUUUAUUGCGCGAUAUUUUAUCGUAUAUUAUUAUUACUAUAUCGUUGUUAUUGUUGAUAUAAUUAUUAUUAUUGUUAUUAUUACUGUUUUCAUCGUAGUAAUAAUAUUGUGCAUAAUAACGUUUUGUAUUACUAAUAAUAAUAUACGAUACACUGUCGGGUUUUCGACGAGCCGUUUUUCGACGACUAUUCUCGACGCACAUUUACAUGGUGUCGUGUGAAAGUCCGAUGGCGCACGUAUUGGGGACCAACAACCUCGACUCUUCGGAGCCUUACAAGUCCGAGCACGUCGAAGAAAUGGAGAUGAAGGUUAAUAUAAAUGACUAUUGGGUACAUUUCGCUCUGAACGCAAUCGUUGAACGAUACAACAUCAACCAAGUGCCCAGAGACGAACAAGAAUUACGCGAGCUGUUGGUAGGCUCGUACCACCGUUUACAGUACGCCAUCAGCCAGCAGAAGCAGAAGGACCCGUCUUCCACGGACGCGGUGCUCAUGCAGAUCAUGCAUCAAGUGUUCGACAUACACCCCGACUGGCUAGAUCAGCGCAACAACAAUCAACCGCCGGUGCAAGCGCCGCCCGCCGCCGACGACGAGACGUCGUCCGUGGCGUCAUCCGCGUCGUCUUCCAACCCGCCGUCCUCGUCGCGCCCGCGCCAAACACGGCCAUUCAAGUGCACGGUUUGCGGCAAAGAGUUCGGCUACAAACACGUUCUGCAGAACCACGAGCGCACACACACCGGCGAAAAACCAUUCGUGUGCUCGGUGUGUAACAAGUGUUUCACCCGCGACCAUCAUCUCAAGACCCACGUCAGACUGCACACCGGCGAAAAGCCGUUUUGGUGUCCGCACUGCAAUAGGUUUUUCGUGCAGGUGGCCAACUUACGAAGACAUCUCAAGACCCACACCGGCGAGACGACCUACCCGUGCGAGUACUGCGUCGCGUUCUUCGAAACUGCCGCCGAGUUGAAAGACCACAAGCGACAGCACAAGGAAAACAACAAACCCCGCGGGGUUGUGAAAAAACGCUGCCGCGCCACCGUACAACCGACCGAACAGUCAACUUCGGCGCCAUCGUGGUCUCCAGCCACACACGGUUCCCCACCACCGUCUCCAAAACCAUCCGUGCCGAGUAAUUACUGGUCUUCGCCACCACCUCAACCUCAGUCGGUGAGCGUGCAACAAAAACAGACACCGGCGGUCUCGCCGCCCACGGGUCCGGCAAUUGAGCCGUAUCAUUAUCUACAGUUUAUCGCGAGGUUUAAAUCGCCCGAACGAAGUGAUCCUCUGGUCAAGUUCGUGUCACCCGAACAGACCGAACCCGAAGAUCUUUCCGUCAAACCACCCGAGAACAAAAUGAUCACCGAUGUUGCCAUGGAUCUCACAUGUAAAUAGCUUUUAUUACUAUAAAUUUCAGGAAAUUAAUGAAAAAACAAUCAUAUAAAAUGUAACAACUACAUAUUAUAUAUUACAUUACAUAGAUUUCAUGUCCAUUCUAGCCAAAAAUUACGACUUUAAAUUUCAAUUUACAAUUAUUAUUAUUUUUUUUGUGGAUAUGUAGUCAUGUCAUAGUCUUAAGCUCAAUUUUUUCUCAUUAAUAUCAAAAAUUUUUUUUAAAUAAUAAUUUAUUGUUUUUUUUUGACGUUAAUCAAAAUUAUUGUGCAAUACAUAUAUAAUAACAUGUACAGUUACUUUAAGUUUUAACCGAUGAUAUAUAUAAUAGGUACAUGUAUAAUAUUUUAUAUUCCAAAUUUGAAUAGGUGCCACUGAGUUGUCCCGUGAUCUUAUUUAUUAUAAAUAUAGGCAAACUAUUCGAGUUGGUGCUAGUUGUAUUAUUUAUGAUAAUAAAAGAAAAGAAGGGCUGCUAAGUUCGAAUAUGAAAUUUGUAUGUACAUAAAGUUGUCUGCCAACCUUAAAUAAAUGAAUAAAAAAAAUAAAAAAAAACAAGUGUAAUCAAUACAUUAAACAUACUAUUACUCAAUAUUUUUGUUUUAACUUUCAUGACAUUCCCAUUUCGUUAUUCGUAUGUAAAGUACAAGUGCGUAUGUGAUAUUAUAUUUGUUUUUAUAUUUAUUAUUUUUGUAUAUUUUUUUUACUCCUGUAACAAUAUUAUAAUGUAUUAAUAUAAUAUAUAUAUAUAUAUAUAAUAUUAUUUAUUCGUUUACCUAUCAUAAUAUUAACAUGUUGUACAAAUUAUUGUAAAAUUAAGACUGAAUUUUGUGAAGGAUAACUUGGAAACAAAAUGUUGGCGCUCAUUAAGUAAUUAUUUUAUUAUUUAUUAAUAUAGCCAGUUGGUAUUUGUUUUGUUUCCCAUUCUCUCUUUUAACUGUUGUAAGAUAUUUCAACACAUUUUUUUCAUUAUAACAUAUGACUAUUAGAAAAAUGAAUUUUUGAAAUGGGAGGUUUAUUUACCCAUUAUUAUUAAUUAUACUAUAUUACUGUCAAUAAUAUUGGAUUGUCAUUAAUCAUUGUGCCAUUUAUGAACUUAUUAUUUAGGUAUAUUAUUUUGUUAAAGCAUUUUGAGUUAUGGUCUGAAUAAAUGUGCUCAAGUCUUUAAAAAAA